UUGACGCUAUGGCAAGAACCAAGCAGACCGCCCGUAAGUCCACCGGUGGCAAGGCGCCAAGGAAGCAGCUCGCUACUAAGGCUGCUCGCAAGAGUGCGCCGGCUACCGGCGGCGUGAAGAAGCCUCACCGUUACAGGCCCGGCACCGUGGCUCUGAGAGAGAUCCGUCGUUAUCAGAAGUCUACUGAGCUGCUCAUCCGCAAGCUGCCCUUCCAGCGCCUGGUGCGAGAAAUCGCUCAGGACUUCAAGACCGACUUGCGUUUCCAGAGCUCGGCCGUCAUGGCCCUGCAGGAAGCGAGCGAGGCAUACCUGGUCGGUCUGUUCGAGGACACCAAUCUGUGCGCUAUCCACGCCAAGAGAGUGACCAUCAUGCCCAAGGAUAUUCAGCUGGCCCGCCGUAUUCGCGGAGAACGCGCUUAAACCACAAC